UGUGAAAUUUUUCUUCCGCAAGGCGCGCCUACAUGCGCAAUAUGUGUUCAUCUCUUUUCUGAGCGGGGCCGAGCACAUCGAUCGGUCGUGUCGUGCUCUUUCCGGCCAGUCCGCGGCGGCCUCGCUGACAGCGUGUCGCCAGUGCGCGUGUGUACACUGCUGUGCUGUCCCGGCUAUCGAUCCGUCAGUGAAGCCGCAUUGCUGUACAUUCCGGAGGCGGUGCCUCGCCUAGUUUUCGUCGAUCGUCGGCGUGGCGGGCGCGUGUCGGCGUCGGCGGCGGCCCCGGGCGGCCCUGCGCAGUAGCGACCAAGUGUAGCGCGGGAGCGACCGACCUUCCUUCCGCCAAAACCGGCUCGCUGUCCGCGGCGGACGGCUGUGAUGUAGCCGCGGCCGGCGCGAGCGGCCUUCGGACAAAGGACCCGCUACUCGGUUAUUCGCGAUGAAGAAGUUCACGUUCAAGGGGGUGCUCGACGGGUUCCGCAGCUCGGUGCAGGCGGCUCCACGAGGCACCGAGCAGGAGAUCCAGGAGACUCUGCGCCCCGACCACUUCCAAAUCAAAAAGACAUUUCGGCACGGGUUCCCGUUCUCGCCAACGGCACUAGCAUGGGAUCCCAUACAGAAGCUGCUCGCCAUAGGCGACAAAGGCGGCAACCUCAGAAUUCUCGGUGGUCCCGGGGUGGACGCUCACGUGCGCCACGAGUGCGGGGAGGCAGUCCUGCACGCCAGGUUCCUCAUCAACGAGGGCGCCCUGGUGACGGCCACCGCGGACGACCAGCUGCACCUGUGGACCUUCCGACAGAAGUCGCCGCAGAGGCUGCACUCGCUCAAGUUCCAGAGAGAAAGAUCACGCAUCAAACUCUCACUAUCGACUAACGAAAUCAAGGGGAUCACGUGCCUGCACCUGCCGCUGGCGUCCAAGUGGGUGCACGUGGGCACGGAGCGCGGCAACGUGCACGUCGUCAACAUCGAGACCUUCGCGCUCUCCGGGUACGUCAUCAACUGGAACAAGGCCAUCGAAGUCACGAGGCCGAACCACCCCGGCGCGGUCGUCGAAAUUAGCGAUAAUCCCCUCGACUCCAGCAAGCUGCUGAUCGCGUUCGAGACGGGCCUGGUGGUGGUGUGGGACCUGCGGGGCCGCGCGGCGGAGUGGCGCGGCGCGCUGGGCGCGGGCGCGCCGGGCGACGGCGUGCGCGCGGCGGCGUGGCAGCACGACGGCAAGCUCAUGACGGCGCACGCCGACGGCGCGCUCGCCGUGUGGACCACGCGCGCGCCCAGGCCCUCCUCGCUCUCCUACCCACAUGCAAAAGCAAACAAAGACGGCAAACUAGAACCUUGUAAACCUAUACUCAGACUGGAAUGGAAGACAUCGAGAACAGGCGAGAGCCUGGUGAUCUUCAGCGGCGGGCUGCCGACGGACAAGGCGGGGCGCACACACAGCAUCACGGUGCUCAACGGCAAGUCCACCACCGUGCUCGAGAUGGAGCACAGCGUGGUGGACUUCGUCACGCUCUGCGAGACUCCACACACGGCUGACUACCAGGAGCCGUACGCGAUAGUGGUGCUGCUGCAGAACGACCUGGUGGUGAUAGACCUGCAGUCGCCCGGCUACCCCUGCUUCGAGAACCCCUACCCCAUGGACAUCCACGAGUCGCCCGUCACGUGCUGCUCGUACUUCGCGGACUGUCCAUCCGACCUGAUCCCGGCGUUCUACUCGGUGGGGCGGCAAGGCAACAAGAAGCCGACGGGCUUCAGCGAGAAGCUGUGGCCCAUCAACGGCGGCGAGUGGGAGCCUGCCUCCUGCUCAUACAACGAGAUUAUCCUCACCGGACAUGCAGACGGCAGUGUAAAAUUUUGGGACGCGAGUGCAGGGACCUUACAAAUUUUGUACAAAUUAAAAUGUUCUAAAGUGUUCGAGCGUCGCGGCGGCGCGGGCACGUUCGGCUACGAGGACAGCCCGCUGGCGGUGCAGCAGAUCGCGCUGUGCGCCGAGUCGCGGCGCCUGGCGCUGGCGCUGCCGCACGGACACGUCGUGCUCUUCAAGUUCCGCAAGGGCGACACGCACGGCGACACACACGUGCUGGAGAUCCCCAUGAUAUCGGAGUCGAUGGAGGAGGAGGGGGGAGGCUCGCCGGACGCGGAGGGGGGCGCGGGGGGACGCUCGCUCUCCUUCAGCCGCGCCAGCGACGCCUCCGACGCCGACACCAGAAAAGGCGGCGCGUGGGCGGGCGGCGCGGUGCGCGUGCGCGCGGGCGGGCGCGGCGGGCGGCGGGCCGCAGGGUUCCAGCCGGCGCUCGUGGCGCUGCAGCUGGGCCCGCCGCACCCCGUCACCGCGCUCACCAUCAACUCCUCCUACGGCCUCAUGGCGUGGGGCGGCGAGCGCGGCGUGGUGGUGGUGGACACGGCGCGGCGCGCGCUGCUGGCGGCGCACGCGCCGGCGCAGCUGUACGCGCCGCCCGCGCCGCCCCGCGCGCCCGACGCGCAGCGCUCGCCCAGCCUCGACCAGCUGGAGGAGCCCUGCUCGCGGCCCACCCCCGCCGCCAGCCCCAGCGACCUGGCGCCGGAGGAGCCGGCCCCCGAGCCCGCGCCGCCCGCCUCCCCCGCGCCGCCCGCGCACGCCACCCCUCCCGACGACAAGGCUAAGCUUGACACUAGAAGAAAGUCCACUUCCUGGAAACAUUUCAAUCUGAAACGACAGCUCUCUAAAGUGGAUCUCAAGUUCAAAGCGGCAUUCGCGACGCCCACCGAAAACAAUCUCGAAGAAGUGGCGGGAGAGAAAAGCAAUUCCCAGUUUUAUUGCGAAUCGGCCGAGAGACCUGAUAAAGUCGACAAAGGCGAGAAAAGCGAAAAGCGAAAAAGACGGAGAAAGUCGAGAAAGGCGAGCCGGCGGGCGACAGCGCCGAGUCGCCGUGCAGCUCGGAGCACAAGCCCCCGGACGCGGAGGAGGAGCGCGCGGGGUCGCCGGGCGAGCUGUUCGAGCGCAUGCACCGCGAGCUGCAGGAGCGGCGCGGCGCCGACGUGUACGCGCGCAUGCACCGCGAGCUGCAGGAGCGCUGGCAGGAGCAGGACGCGCCGCCGCGGCCCGACUGCCUGGCGCUGGACGAGCCGCGGCCGGCGGCGGCGCGUGCGCGCGGGCGACGCGCGGCUGCUGUCGGUGCCCAACAUCAAGUACCGCGAGCGGCGCGCGGCGCCGGCGCCGGGCUCGCUGGGCGGCCUCAUGCGCCGCUUCAGCCGGGUAGACAAGCUGGACAGCUCGUUCUCGCGCUCGCGCUCCAGCUCCAUGUCCAGCCUGGAGAACAUCUCGCAGGAGGGCAUCCAGUGCCUCGCCUUCGCUGAUAGCUACACUAAAAAGUCUGACCCCACGGCGCUGAUGCCGACGCUGUGGAUCGGCACGACGCUGGGCUCGGUGCUGACGAUGACCAUCACGCUGCCCGAGCCCGAGCUGCGCCACACGCAGCCCGUGCUCGUCGCCACCAGCGGAGGGCCGUUGUUUAGGUUAAAGGGUUCAAUCCUGACAAUGUCGUUUCUGGACUGCAAUGGUGCUUUAAUUCCUUACUCCUACGAGAGUUGGAGAGACGAUACUAAAGAUGCGAAGGACCGGCGCGAGCGCACGCCCACGAAGCAGAGCUCGUCGGGCAGCGCCAGCCGCAUGAGCCCCACGCCCGGCGACCGACAGUUCGUGGUGGUGGCCUCCGAGAAGCAGGCGCGCGUCGUGGCGCUGCCCAGCCAGAACUGCGUCUACCGCCAGCAGAUCGUCGACACGGACUUCGUCGUCAAGGCCGAGACGGUCAGCUUGAAAGACAGCGUGUGCCUGGUGAACUACCUGUCGACGGGGCACCUGGUGGCCUACAGCCUGCCGUCGCUGCGGCCGCUGGUGGACGUGGACUUCCUGCCGCUGACGGAGCUCGGCUUCCAGACACAGUCCAAACAGAGGGGUAUCGUAGACCCAAUGCUGUCCAUAUGGGGCCAGCAGCUCAUUGUUAACGAGGACACCGACCAGAUAGCGAAGACGUUCUGCUUCAGCAACAGGGGCCACGGCCUGUACCUCGCGUCACCCACUGAGAUACAGAAGUUCACUAUCGAUGCAGAGUUCUGCCAACAGCUGAACGAGAUGAUCGGCGAGCUGUUCCUGCCGCGCGACAUGCCGGAGCCGCAGGAGAGCUUCUUCCGGGGCUGUUCGGCGGCGGCGCCAGGCCCCGACAGGGAGGAAUUAUUCGGCGAGAGCAGCGGCAAGCCGCUGCGCACGGUGGCCAGCGGCAGCGCGGCGCAGCUGGAGCAGCUGGGCGGGCGGGCGGGCGGCGGCGGCCGACGGCGGGCGCACCAGCUGGUGGUGGAGCGCGGCGACAAGCUGUCGCAGCUCGAGGACCGCACCGAGCGCAUGCACAACCAGGCCGCCGAGUUCUCCUCCUCGGCGCACCAGCUCAUGCUCAAGUACAAGGACAAGAAGUGGUACCAGCUGUGAGCCGCCGCGUCGCCGUGCCCAGGGACGCUACCUUUACUCUUACCUUCGGCUUAUGAAGGCGGGACGUUCCAAACGUGUAAUAGGAAUUUCUAUGAACGCACCAAAACGAUCUGUUCCCAGGAUGUAUCUCGUGUGCUCUGUCGUUCGGCGGAGUCCGCGAGGGUACCGGGUGUCGUUGACGAAUGCCACAGAGUGCUUUAUUCUAUACUUGUAGCGUGACGACUGCGCCGGUCGGCCGGCAGUCGGCCAGCAGUCGGCAUGCAGUCGGCGGUGCAGCUCGGCAGCGCUCCGCCCGCCCGCUAGAGCUUAGCUACACGUAGAUGUCUUAUGAACCUUACCUUAGACUCUAAUAGGCGUGACUCUCAUUCAAUGAACGCACAAAGAUCGAUAAUUUCGAGCAUCGUCGAUUUCGGUCAGUAGUGUCCCGCUUCGUACGAUCACACGCUGAAUCGUUCAAUUAUUUGUGUGCCUAAGUCGCGGCGCCUUCUGCCCCUCUCACCCCUUCACCCUCACUCCCCGCACUCGGCGCCGCUCUCUCCGCAUUCGUUCACGCGAUGUGAUAAUGUAUAUAAAUCGAUAUCAUGAUUUACUAAAACUCUUUAUACAAAUAAUGGCGAAGCGUCGGACUUCGAUGAUAUGUACUAUGUCCUAGUCUUCUGUUAGUGUUAGGUUUCAGUGGUCGCAGCUCCCCGUCGCCGCACGACUCAAAAGCUUCCUAAUGUUGAGCACCGGUG